AUGUCAUCUGGAAGUGAAAGUGAUGACGAUUAUGUACCUGCGGAACCUGAAAAGGUCUCGGAAGAGGAAUCUGCUGAUGAAGAAACAGAGAAACAAUACGAAAAUGAAGUUGAAAAUAGGAAGAGAAAAGGCCUACCGCCACGAAAAGGUAAAAAGAAAUUAAAAACAAAAAACGCGACACCCUUAGAAGAAGCAGUUGAAGUGAAUAAAGAAUGUGCAAAAGACCCUGAAGACGAGAAAAAAAGGGAAGAAGACUUAUGGGAAAAAUUUUUAGAAGGAACCGACUCUAAACCAAAACAAAAAACGGAAGAAACAACUGUGAUACCAAAUAAAAAAGAUGAAAGAGAUUCAGAUAAGGAUAAGACUAAGUUAAAUAAACCAGUCACUGAAUCAGAUAAGGACAGAGAGAGAAGGAUUUUUGAGUUUGCUGGAGAAACUAUUGUUGUAGAAAAUAAUGUUAUUAAAGAGAAAGUGAAAACGUCAGAGAAACCGGCUUCAGCGCUUGAGGGAGGCCCUGUUCAACCAGUUAGAAGUACAGGAGGCCUCUCAAAUAUCGUAGGCCAGCUCAACAAAAAGAACACUCUGUCAACUCUGGAAAAAUCUAAGUUAGAUUGGAACACAUACAAAAAAGAGGAAGGCAUUGAAGAAGAAAUUACAAGUCACAAUAAAGGAAGAGACGGGUACUUGGAUCGCCAAGAUUUUCUUGGAAGAGCAGACCUACGCCAAUAUGAAAUCGAACGUGACUUAAGGACGACUAGACGUAGUAACCGAUGA